AUGACAACGUAUCACGUCUCCGAUGUGGAGUUCAACAGUUUGCAGGGGAAGAAUAUAGUUGUAAUUGGUGGCGUACAAGGGAUUGGGAAGGCGACUGUCGAGCUCGCUCAUAAGAAUGGUGCGACAGUGCUGCUUGCGGAUAUCAACGACACUUUAGCUCAGGAGCUUGUUAGCCAAUUAAAAGAGCGAGUGAUUUUCCGUCACUGUGACAUGUCGGACUGGAACAGUGUCCUCGAUCUUUUCGAAUUUGCCCAGAGAACUCUCAAUGUUAUACACGCUGUAGUCUGUAAUGCCGGUGUCGUUGGUUGUUCGCGUCUUUUCGGCGACGAACGUGAUUCCCAAACUGGCAGGCUCCUUCCUCCAAAUUUGGAUGCGAUUCACGUUAAUCUCAUAGGGGCGAUACAUGUCGUCAAGGCAGCAGCUCAUUAUCUGGGCGCUGAUGAUGAUGAUUUCAAGAGAGCUAUUACCAUCACCGGGAGCACAGCAGGAUUGGUCGAUGCCCCUGGUGUCGAUCCGCUCUAUGUCGCAUCAAAAACAGGGCUAGUGGGUCUUCUCAGAAGUAUGAAGAUGCAACUUGCUUCAAGAAACAUCAAUGUCAACCUACUAGCGCCAUGGGCGACAGGGGAUACUCCUAUGUUCACAGAUGAGCUCCUGAAAAUUUGGAAGGGACUGCCCAUCAACAAGCCCAUCGACCUUGCCAAAGCAUUGUUAAUGCCAACGACUCGACCCGAAAUCCACGGGAAGGUAUUUUGGGUGGGAGGAGGAAAAAUCGUAGAAAUAGAAGAUAAGUUGCGUGAAACUCGUCCGCAAUGGCUGGGACAAGAGUUGAGUGAUGGCGUUGAAGAGGGGCGACAGCGGCUCAGCGGCUUAUAA